AUGUCAAAUCAUAAGAGCACUGAGUCAGCCAUCAAGAACCUGGAGAUCCAAGUGGGACAACUAGCUAAGCAAAUAGCUGAGAAUUCUUCUGGAGGUUUUGGAGCUAAUACAGAGAGAAAUCCCAAGGAACAAUGUAAGGUUGUCAUGACUAGAAGCAAGAGGGAAACCAUGGUAGAGGAUGAAAAUAGGACUAGUGAUGAGAAAGAGUUAGAAGCUAAGGGAGAAAAAAGAAAUGAGGAAGAUCUGAUGAGGGAGAGAAAAAUAAGGAAGGAAGCACCAUAUCCCUUGGUGCCAUCUAAGAAGGACAAGGAACGACACUUCGCUCGUUUCCUUGAUAUCUUCAAGAAAUUGGAGAUAACUAUCCCAUUUGGAGAAGCCUUGCAACAAAUGUCACUCUACUCCAAGUUUCUCAAGGAUCUGCUGACCAAGAAGGGCAAAUAUAUCCAUAGUGAUAAUAUUGUGGUGGGGGGAAAUUCCAGUGUUGUUAUCCAGAGAAUUCUUCCACCAAAAUACAAGGAUCCAGGGAGUGUCACAAUCCCUUGCUCGAUUGGUGUUGUGUCAGUUGGAAAAGCCCUUAUUGACUUAGGGGCUAGCAUUAAUUUGAUGCCUCUAUCCAUGUGUAGAAGGAUUGGAGAGUUGGAAAUCAUGCCAACAAGAAUGGCAUUGCAGCUGGCAGAUCGCUCAAUUACAAGGCCAUAUGAUGUAGUGGAAGACGUGUUGGUCGAAGUGCAUCAAUUUACUUUCCCUGCAGAUUUUGUGAUAAUGGACAUUGAAGAGGACGCUGAAAUCCCGCUGAUUUUAGCAAAGCACUCAAAUGAAGCAGUGGCUGCCCCAAAGAAUGAUGCCAAAACUGUAGUGAGAUUCUUGAAGAAGAAUAUUUUUGCUCGCUUUGGGGUGCCAAGGGUCCUAAUCAGUGAUGGGGGCUCUCACUUUUGCAAUAGCCAACUACAGAAGGGAACUAAAGAAGAUCCUGGAGAAAAUUGUGGCCUCCACUCGAAAGGAUUGGUCAAGCAAGUUGGACGAUGCACUAUGGGCUUACAGGACUACCUUCAAGACCCCUAUAGGCCUGUCUCCGUUUCAAAUGGUUUAUGGCAAAGCUUGCCACUUACCAGCAGAAACGGAACAUAA